AUGGGAUCACAAGACCUUUUAAUUUCUUCCCAGGCUUCCGCAUCCACUUCUUAUCCUUCUUUGCCACUGCCAGGGAUGUUUCCAGUUGAUUCCAUGCACCACAUUGACGUUCCUCGUUCUCCGUUAGGAGCGGUGGGGAGGUUGCUUGGUGGGUUGCAUACCGCAUCGGCAUUCAAUACAGCUUCCAAGGCGGAUUGGUUUUAUGUUGAGGUUAAUUCCAGGCCCAUGUAUACGAGAACCGGUUCCCCUGCCGUCAAGAAGCACCAAAAUAAUUCCAUGUCCACUUCCUUGAGGUGUGUUGUCUGCAUCACUCGCCCUACGAGCAAAGAAAAUCCAUGA